AUGAUUGUAGACUUACCCAAGGAUGGAAAUAACAACUCAAUCCUGGUGAUCAUUGACAGCUUUACAAAGUACAGGAUAUUUGUGAAAUGCUCCAAAAAACUCAAAGCACCCAGGUUGGCAGAACUAUUCCUGGAAAAUGUGUGGAAGCGUCAUGGCAUGCCAGAAAAGACCAUAUCUGACAGAGGAAGGGUCUUUAACAACAAAUUCUUACGGGCCCUGUACAAACGCCUUGGCAUUGACCCUCACUUCUCCUUGGCGUACCACCCUCAAAGCAACAGACAAACAGAACAGGUCAAUCCCUCCAUUGAGCACUUCCUCAGGGCCUACUCAGGGGUCAAUCAAAGGGACUGGACCAAAUGGCUCCCAAUGGCGGAGUUUGCCUACAACAAUGCAGUACAUAGUAGUACAGGCAAAACCCCUUUUAAGGCCUUGUAUGGGUGGGAACCUACUCUAACCCCAUCCAACGUACCAACAGAUGUCCUGGAAGCCAAUGACCUUGCUCAGACAAUGGAAAGACAAUGGCAGGAAGUAGAGUCUGCCCUCUGGCAAUCCAAACAACACAUGAUUGCUGGAGGGGAAGGAAGCCUGAUAGAGUUUGAGAUUGGAGAAGAGGCUUGGCUUGACGCCAAAAAUGUCAACCUCAAAACCCUAAGUCCCAAGCUAACAGAACAACGCCUGGGACCAUUCAAGGUUGUCAAGAAGAUCUCCAAUUGGGCAUAUUGUCUAGAGCUCCCACCAACCAUGUGUAUCCACAACAUCUUCUAUGUAGGGCUGCUGUCUAAGGUCAAAAAGGAUAGAAACUGCGCCUUUAAAAACUGCCCACCACCAAUUACCAUGGAUGGGGAAGAAGAAUACAAGGUCAAAGGCAUAACAAAUGCAGAAGAAAGAAACAGGAAGUGGUUCUUCCAAGUCAAAUGGAAAGGUUAUGGGUCCAAGGAAAACACGUGGGAACCUUGA